ACAAGAUACAGGCUCAACAGGAGACCGAUAAUGAUAUUAAAGCCACAAAAUCAGAAGAUGAAGUAGCAGCUGGUGGUCGUGGUCCUAGAUGUAGUCUUGAUCAUGGUGCUGAGUCAAAAUCACAUGAAAACUCGAGUUGUCACGAAACUCGACAGGAGAAACAAGAACAAGAGGAGCAGAGGGCCCUCGGAUCAUCAUCUUCUUCCAUCGAAAAUAUCGUCCGCGACAUGGAGCCCCCUUCUGCUUCAGGUUCAUCUGCCACGACAGUAGAUAUUCUUGGGCAGACUAGUGCCCGUGGAAGGAGCAGCAGCGCAUCUAACCACGAUGGUGAUUCAACUUCUCGAUCUUCUAUUCCCGAGCACGCCUAUUUCGCUGUUCCGAUUGAUGCGGCCGCGGCCACAGAUAAUUCAACCUCAUCGAUGAUGAAUAUCAAAUACAACAAUCAUGUUCAUGAGCAUGAGAGG